AUGGAAGAUUUCAAUGGAAAUGUGAAAACUGUCAGCUAUGAUAAUUUUAAAAUAGAUAACAAUGAAAACAAGUACCUGGUUGAGUCCCUGGGGACAUUUAAUGGCACCGCCGCCAAUAUUAUGGAAUUCAAUCGAAAAUUUAGCACCUGGGACAAUAACAACGACUAUCGCCUGCACGGCAAUUGUGCAGAUGAAUACUCUGGCGGCUGGUGGUACACAUAUUAUUGCGACAAAACCAACCUCAAUGGCAGAUAUUAUGAAAAUGGAAUAUUCAAACCUGACAGCAUGACCUGGAAUGGCUGGGAUGUUCUUAAAUCAGUGCAAAUGCUUAUUAGACAGCACUCAUCCGAUAAUAUUUAA